AUGAGAUACCCGGAUUGGCGGGAGAAGGUCAAGACAUUGACCUACGACAGUCGCGGCGAUGUUGAAGCCUUCAUCAGGUAUUGCAAGGAGCGGCGAGGGGCAAAGAUCACCAGCAAGUCCACGCUUGAGAGAUAUCUCAUCCAACUCUGGGCUGUCCACAAGAAGUACACCAAUCUCACCAUCGACUCUCGACUCCCGACCCACAUGCUCGAGUACAUUGCCCACGUCACGCGACGCAAGCACCACCUGAGAACCGAGCCCAAAGUCAAGAACCACAUCGGCCCCGAUGCACACAUCUGCCUCUCCCAUUUUCGCUGGGUGCGGGACUGGAAGAACGUCUUCAAGAUCGGGUUGGACCGACUUGACGAUGCGACGCUUCGACACUUCCAGAUGUUCACGGGUGCUCGCCCACACGAAUUCGCCCAUGCAAGGAUUGGGAACAACGACGCUAUCAAAAAAGAAUACAACGAUGAGCUGGAUGCCUUCACCGACACUGAAGAGGGCAACUCUGUGCCGCCUCAGUGGUCUUGUUGGGUGUGCGGCAAGAACGACGACAGGAUCUCUGCGGCGAAGAAGGUGUUGUGCUGGGAGGAUAUCAAGCUGUGGAUCAUCCGAGACCCCUUUAACAACAACAGCAGAGAUCGACUCGUCAUGACGGUUCUUUUCCGGUUCCACGAGGGACACGAGGGGGAGCAGCGGCCGACCACGUUCAUUUUCAUCGAAGAAGACCUGCCCCUUCUUUGCCCCGUCUCCCAUCUCCUCGCCAAGGCCUUGGCAGAAGGGGUGGUCGCCCACGACGGGUAUUCACGGGCCGAGCCCUUCUUCCGCACCAAGCUCUCGGUGCCCGGUAAGCAAGAAUUCAUGCAUACCCCGGUCUUUCGACGGACCAUCAAGUGCCUGGAAGGCUAUGCGAAGAGCGACCAGCCUUUGCGCAAAGACCAGCUCGAUAACAAUACAAGGAAUCUCGGUCGAGCUGCUGGUCUCCUUGACAACCUCACUAACUAUGACUACUGGCGAGGAAACCUCGAGGCCAUUGACUUAAAUUGCCGCUCAACGGUACGGAGGCAAGUCGCGCGCCACAAGGAUGACGGCACCUUCCAGGACUUCUACAACAACUCCAGGACCAACGUGGUGACCCAAGACGUAUUCCUUGGUCGCGGCACCAGAUGUCCCUACCUCGCCAUCUUCAACGAGCUUGGGCUCCAGAUCGAUGAAGAGGCACCGACAGCCGUCACGGACGAGAUGAUGCGGUUUAUUGGCCCGGGCACCAAGGUCUCUCGCCUGGACGAAAAGGUGGCCACGUUGCGGACAUCUCUUGAGCAGAAGUACGGCCGAGCAAGCCUGGCGAUUGGUCAAGACAAAACGGAGUACGAAGGCUUGCUGCAGCAGCGGAGGACUGCCGCUCAGAAGCACAAGAGGAAGGUGGUUGUCAGCUGCCGGCGCCGCUGGCGACUUGGACACGGACAUGCCCGAAGACGAGUUAGUCCAGCGGAAGAUCGACGCCAUCGACGCUUGGGUGGCUUUGGCUUGGAAGGUCGAGGUCAAAGAAUCGAAGCCAGAGCCGGUUGA